UCAACUACAAAAAGUUAAGAUCUGGAAGAUAGCUGCUCCAACUAGGGACUGGCUGAGACAGAGGACCACCUCAUUCCUCUGCUGCUUUUCAGACAGUGCUGUUCUGCAGACCCACCAUGAUCCAGGCUGCAUUGUUCCUUGAGUGUAUCUUGCUGUCCUCGGUGACCGCUUUUCCAUGGAAGACUCAGGAUGGUGGCCUGCCAGCUGUCACAGAAACUGAGCCUACAUCAGAUGUACUGUCCAACAAGAUUCCUCCUCCAACCUCCAGUACCUGCCAGAACCUCUUGUACACGGUGCUCCCCGUAACUCCUCUGUCUGAGUAUCUCUUAGCGCUGAGAUUUGUCCUGGAAAAAAUCGGCUGCCCUGCUGAGGCCUACCUUCUGCAGCUUCGGCACACUAAAAUGGGAGGAAAAGACGGCACUGAAACCCUGAUCCUCGAGAGUCAAAAGCGUAGCCAGGAGGAAGGGAGUGCCAAUAAUGAAGUCAUUCUGAGGCACCUGGUGCCAUCCCCUGGGGAAAUGAAGAGGGUCCAGGGCUCAGUUACCCUGCCUGAGGCGUGCACCUCUGAACCCGGGUGGUUGUUGUAUGAGGGGGCACAGCUGAUGAUUGAGUGGGUCAAGACGUUCCCUUCCACUGACCUGGUAAGAGAGUUCAAGGCUUCUGCGGUCAAUGUCACACAGCAGUGUACCAUGGAGUCUUGGGAACAUUUGCAUGAAGUAAGCAAAAGGCUGACAAGUAGCCCAGAAAUGAAAGACGUCGAGAUUCCCAUAGAACAUCGAGUAUACCUGGUUGGUCAACUCGCAAUCCUUGUGAAGCGUAUUUUCGUGAACCUUGUGUCGAAGUUUUUUCAGAGCUAUUUUGGAUAGACAGGACCUCCUGGGCAUGGUGUGAACUUUCUCAGAGCUCUUUAGUAGGUGUGUACACAGCAACUGCCCAUGGUGUGUAGCUAGACGCUGGCUGCAUUUUAUGAUCUAUACAUUGUCUUCCUUUGAUCCUAAUGUGUGAAGACCCUUGACCUGUCUGCAAUCUUUCAGUUUUUAAAUGCUAUGGGUACUGCAGUUUCCCUCUUUACCUGCUUAACGCUUCCUAAAUCCCCAGCUGAAUUCUGCACCUUGGUUGUGUUCAUCUUCAU